AUGGUUCGCUACGGGGGUCCGCGGUUUGAGUUCUUCUUCACCCACCAGUUCCUCAACAACGAGGAGGCCAUCCGCAAGGAGGACGCGCAGCGGGUGGCUUUCAUCUUGCGCAGACGGGAGCAGCAGAGGGCGGCGGAGGCGGAGCGGGAGGCGCAAAGGCGGCGCCGCGAAGAGGAAGAGGAGCGGCUAGCGGCGGAGGCCGAGGCGGCCAGGCGCGAGGCGGAGCAGGCGCUCGAGUCCAAGAAGCGUCGCAUCUCCGCAAAGCAGCAGCGGCUAAAGGAGCUCUCGACGCCGGUCGUGCACGGCGGCCCGCUCUACGGCAGCGGGACGUACGGGCGGGUGAUGCAGCCAACCUCAAAGGGCGUGCCGCUGCCGCAGGGGCGUGCGGGUGCCGCGUACAUGCCGGGGGUUGACCGUCACCGCAUCGUGCCGCGCCCGCCCGCCGCUGACGCCCACCCGCCGUGGAUCGGCAGCGGCACCGCGUGGAUGGUGGAGGAGGCCGAGGAGAAGGCGCAGCGACGCCACCUCUUCGCCCCGCCCAGGCGCGACCCGGCGACGGUGCGGGACCGGGAGCAGUACAUUGACGGCAUCGAGCGCCACCACACACGUUGCGCCUCCAAGGCGGAGGCAGAUGCGCAGAAAGAAACUGCUGCCGCAGACGCCAUUGAGAUGCCCACUUUUAGGGAGGAAUCGCCCCCCGAAACAACGCGCGCGCCGUCCGUUUUUUCGCAUGCCUCGUCGAAUGAACCCAUCAAGGCGCUUGGCACGCAGCACAUGGAAACCGUCAGCACGAAGGAGGAGGUGCAGAGACAUCUUGCGGCGUUUGGCGGGCGCAUGGCGCCGCCACGGCGUGCCGCGAAGCCCCCCACGCCGUUCGACGACAUGUCCCUACCGGAACUCACAGCGCGCUUGGUCCGCAUGCAGCAAAGACUUCGGCGAUAG